AUGUCUCGAUUGGUUCCUUACUUGAUCACACCGGAACCGAAGCGUAUAGCUCGGUUUAUUGGGGGUCUAGCCCCAGAAAUCAAGGCAAGUGUGAAAGCAUCGAGACCUACUACAUUCAGGUCAGCGACAGAUCUGUCACUAUCUCUCACACUCGAUGUGGUCAGAAACAAGACUGCCAAAGCUUCUGAAGAUGGAAAGCGUAAAAGGGAGGAUGAGAAUUCUCAUCGCUCUGAUAAGAAGAAAAAGGGGAACUCUGAUCAUAAGAAGAGUUCCGGGUUUAAGAAGGACAACCAACAGUCGGGUAAAAAGACUAGGAACCAAGUCUUGAAUAUGACAAACUCGGAUAAGACAAUCGUCAAUCGCGCCAUUGAUGAUGCGACACAUGCUAAUGAUGCUACAAUUGUGAACCUCAGAAUUGACAAAGAUGUUCUCCAAGCUAUGAUAGACGCAGCUGUUGGAAAGGCUGUGAGGAAGGCCGUGAAAAAGUUCAAGGAGCCCAAUGCUACUUGCUGCAAAUCUCAUCUAAGACCACCCUUCCUUACUCAUGAGAAGGAUCUUGUUCAUGCCACAAAUUCAAAGGAUGAACUAAAAAGGAAAAGAAAGGAAGAUAACUUCCGGAGUUCUAAGAAAAAGGGUAAGCAAGAGUCCAACAAGAAACCUAUAUGCAAGACCUGCAAGAAGCGCCAUCUAGGGAAGUGCAGGUUCAAACCAAAAUCCCAAUUGCAGCGUAGGGCUUGUGGGAUCUGCAAAUCAAGAGAGCAUAAAACGUUGGAUUGCAAGGACAUAAAGGAUGCAAUCUGCUUCGGCUGUAACGAGAAGGGCCACAUCAAGACUACAUGCCCUAAAUCUGUCAAGGGAGGUACGGCUAAGGAUGGAAAGCCUAAGAAUGAAAAUGCUUAA